CGUCGUCAAAUAUUUCAGUCCAUUGCAGCCGAAUUCAAAUUUUCACAUUUUUUUCACACGGCCACCCAUGCUGUAAUCAUUAAUAUUAAAAAUGAGUACAAGGCGACCCCUGAGCAGCCUUGGCCUUGCUGUCCCCGUCGUUGCAAGGCUUUUGGACUCGGAUUUCCUUUAUGACGAUGAUGUGCAGGACUUGAAGCCGACGGAGCUGAGUUCUGCAACUGGGCUGACCUUAAAGGAGAGUGCCGAGGUACUUCGUCUGGCAGCAAGCGUGAAUGCAGAGCAGCCAGUCACAGUUAUGCAGAUGAUCGAAGAUGAGAGUGAAGUGUGUCAUGUAGUAACUUUUUGUGAAGCUCUUGAUGAUAUGCUUGGGGGAGGCAUACCCCUGCGUGCAAUAACAGAGGUAUCAGGGACGCCAGGUAUUGGGAAAACACAGCUCUGCCUGCAAGCAUGUGUGUCUGUACAACUUCCGGAGAGUGUGGGUGGUGUUGGGGGAGAAGCCCUUUUUGUAGAUACUGAAGGAAGUUUUACUGUUGGGAGACUAAAAGAUAUGGCAGGUCAUGCAGUAGAACAUGUUCAGAACAUUGCAGGAGAUGAAAUUGAUGUGUCUUCCUUUACAAUUGAAUCAAUUCUCAAGGGAGUUCAUUACUUCAGAUGUCAUAGUUACAUUGAAGUUCUUGCUGUGAUACGUCACCUGCCGGUCUUCCUUCAGUCACACCCAAGAUUGAAGCUUUUCAUCAUUGACUCCAUUGCCUUCCAUUUCCGCCAUGAUUUCCCAGACAUGAUGGCCCGAACAGGUCUUUUGUGCAGGAUAACACAGCAACUGAUACAGCAGGCUACCAAAUUUAAUAUGGCUGUAAUUGUCACAAACCAAAUGACCACAAGAAUAGAGAGUGGUGGAUCCCAGUUGGUAGCUGCCCUAGGAGAGACUUGGGGUCACUGUCCAACCAUGAGACUGACUCUACACUGGUCAGGUAGAGUGCGAGUUGCUUCUCUCACAAAGGCCCCACACAGGAAUAAUGCUUCUGUUCAGUACCAGAUAACGAAAGCUGGCAUUCGUGAUAUAACUCCUUUUAUGACUGAUACAAGCACUCCUAUGAUAAUGGACUCUCCUGACCGAAAAAAGAGAAAAUUGAAUACUUAAAUGCAAUUUUACAUGUAUGGUCAUUUUAUGUAUUUUUUAAAGCCAUAUAGUUAUUAGAUAAAAUUUGUAGUAUUUUCUAAUGAGCAACAUAUAUGUUUUAACAGAGGAAUUAUUUUUGUUUAUUAAAAAAAAAAAAAAGGAAAUGAAGCAAUAUAUAUGCCUUUUUUUUCUCUGUAAAGAUGAAUAGUAUGAAAGUCUGUUUAAAUAACUGUGAUAUGGCACACAUUAUAUCUUUCAUUUCAUACAGACAAUAUGUAUAUAUAUGUAAUUCAAUAUCUUCUGGAAAACAAAUGUAGGGCAAUUUAACUUGAUUGGAGAAAGGAAAGUUAAAGUAGAAUUUGAAGGAAAAGUACUGGAAGUACACAAGGAAACUUUUUGUUGUUCAUAUUGUCACAUAAUUUUAUCCCAGUGUUCACUGGUUUACAUACCAUUGCCAACCGCCGAGUCAGAUACAGACCAAAUGACUAAUUUUAGCUAUUUUGAGGUAUAUGUUUUCCACACUAAUCACAUCUUACAUCCUUGAA